GUCACAUGACCAGCUACUGGCGACGCACUUCCGGCGGUUGAUCGCGGCCUACUUUUGUUUGAGGGACCGGCGGCUUUUAUCACCCGAGGACCAGGAUUCCGCCCAGUGAGGGCUUAUACGGCCGCGGGGGGUCCACGGGCUGCGGCGGAGCCGCGUCACUGUCCGGUGACGGCAUUAGAAGGGGUGUGACGUCAGAACUGGUCAUGUGAUUGAUGAGUGGGAGCCAUGGAUGACACAAUUCCUGAGGAGCACAGACCUGUGCCGGGAGGGGCAGGGGAGAACCAGCAUGAUCCUCUCCAUCCCCAAGAAGAUGGCCUGGAGCAAGGGAGCAUUAAGGAAGAAGAGGAUGACGAGAUGGGGUCUGGGGGAGAAACUGCCCCCACAGGAGGGAGAGACCCAGAGGUGACGGUGGAGAUCGGGGAGACCUACCUGUGCCGGAGAGCAGACAACACCUGGCACUCUGCGGAGGUGAUUCAGUCGCGACUGAACGAGCAGGAAGGAAGAGAAGAGUUCUAUGUGCACUAUGUGGGCUUUAACCGGCGCUUGGACGAGUGGGUGGACAAAAAUCGCCUGGCGCUGACCAAGACUGCGAAAGACGCAGUCCAGAAGAACACCGACCAAUACUUGAAUGAACUGUCGGAGCAGCCAGAGAGGAAAAUCACCAGAAACCAGAAGAGGAAACAUGAUGAGAUCAACCAUGUGCAGAAGACUUAUGCAGAGAUGGAUCCCACCACGGCUGCACUGGAGAAGGAGCACGAGGCGAUCACAAAAGUUAAAUACGUGGACAAGAUUCACAUUGGGAACUAUGAAAUUGACGCUUGGUACUUCUCUCCAUUCCCAGAGGAUUAUGGGAAGCAGCCUAAACUGUGGGUGUGCGAGUAUUGUCUGAAGUACAUGAAGUUCGAGAAGAGUUAUCGCUAUCAUCUGGGCCUGUGCCAGUGGCGGCAGCCUCCAGGGAAGGAAAUCUACAGAAAGAACAACAUCUCCGUGUACGAGGUCGAUGGGAAAGACCAUAAAAUCUACUGCCAGAACCUGUGUCUCCUGGCCAAGCUGUUUCUCGACCACAAGACGCUGUACUUUGAUGUGGAGCCUUUUGUCUUUUAUAUCUUGACUGAAGUUGACCGGCAAGGAGCGCACAUCGUGGGAUAUUUCUCCAAGGAGAAAGAGUCUCCUGAUGGAAACAACGUGGCUUGCAUCCUGACCCUUCCCCCGUACCAGCGACGUGGCUAUGGAAAGUUCCUUAUUGCCUUCAGUUAUGAACUCUCAAAGCUGGAGAACACCGUUGGCUCCCCUGAAAAGCCACUGUCAGACCUGGGCAAGCUGAGCUACCGCAGCUACUGGUCCUGGGUGCUCCUGGAGAUCCUACGAGACUUCCGGGGGACGCUCUCCAUCAAGGACUUGAGCCGUAUGACGAGUAUUACCCAGAACGACAUCAUUGGAACGCUGCAGUCGCUGAACAUGGUCAAAUACUGGAAGGGGCAACAUGUCAUCUGCGUCACCCCCAAACUGGUGGAGGAACACCUUAAGAGUGCGCAGUAUAAGAAGCCUCCCAUCACAGUGGAUUCACUGAACCUGAAGUGGGCCCCCCCAAAACACAAGUUAAUGAAGGCAUCUAAGAAAUGAGGCAAUGGAAGGCGAAGGGAAAAAACAACCAGUGAAGCAGGUAGACUGUUUCCAUGAUCUGGAUGAUGUUACAUGGGUGUGAAGGGACGUUCUCCCCAACCGAGGGGCAGAGUAAUAGACGCUAGCACUGCAUUGGCCUCGGGGAAGGUCCCGGUGGAUGGCGCUGAAAGGGUCCAGGAGUUCAUUUCUGUUCAUCAGUCAAAGGUUUUAUAUAAUAAAUUUAGUUUUUUGUAUUACGGGUUUGAAAUAUGAAAGGAUUUUGAAUUGUCCACCCAAGGAGGGUCCUGGGGUGUAGGAAUAUACCCCAUUUAUCCCUGGAGAUAGCGCCAUGCCCUCUCCUUCCCGUAUAUAGGACUAUAACCCCUCCCGCUAUACACGGGACGAGACGGCGGAAUAAAUGUUGAGAGGAUGUGGAU